CCAGGUGUUUGCUGCAAUGGUUCUUUGUUUCCUUAAAUUCAUGUUUUGGUAGGUUACAAAAAUGUUCAGUGCGAGCCAGUCCUCCAAAGCCCAGUUCCUCGAUAAAGCACGCCAGGCUCGGGAGGAGCGGAGAGAGCUGAAGGAGAGGGAGCGUGCAGCUAUCCAGAUCCAGGCUUUGAUCAGGAGAUUUCUCUGUCGAUGCCGCCUGCAGAGGGAGAUAAGGAGAGAAGUGGAGGAUUUCUUUGGCACAAAUGAAUCUAGUUCAAGUAAAAGAAGUGCUCUUUCUAUCUUCAGAAUUGCUAGGAAACUGCUGUUUGUAUUUAAUCAUAAAGAGGACAAAGAGAGAUUUGAAAAGCUGUGCCGUUGUAUUCUUAAUAGUAUGGAUGUUGAGAAUGAGCCCAAGGUCUGGUAUGUGUCACUGGCACUCUCCAAGGAUCUUACGCUCUUAUGGAUCAAACAGAUCAAAGACCUUUUGUGGUUUUGCUGUGAAUUUCUCAAGCAGCUUAAGCCUGACAUCUUGCAAGACUCCAGACUGGUCAAUUUGCACCUCACAAUGCUUGUCACCUUCACAGAUACUUCUACGUGGAAAAUCCUUCGGGGAAAAGGUGAAACCCUGAGGCCUGCCAUGAACCACAUCUGUGCAAACAUCAUGGGACAUCUAAAUCAGAAGGGAUUUUAUUCUGUGCUGCAGAUUUUGCUAACUAAUGGCUUGGCAAGAUCCAGACCUUCCUUGUCCAAAGGCUCUUUGACUGCCAUCUUCUCUCUUGCAUUGCGCCCUGUGGUUGCUGCGCAGUUUUCAGACAAUCUGUUGAGGUCGUUUCUGAUCCAUAUCAUGUCUGUGCCUGCUAUAAUGACUCAUCUUGCUACUCUAACACCUGAGCGUCUGGCAGUGAUAGAGUCUCAUGAUCUUUUCCGCAAGUUCAUCCUUUUUUUAAGUCGUGAAGCACAAUGUCGAGAUGUCUGCGUGUGCCUAGAAGGAAGUCACACUCUUUGUUUGUUAGGUAAUCUUGUGUACUUGGGCUCCUUGAAUGAUAAAGUUCUUGAGGAGGAGACGGCUCAUUUUGUGGGUGUGCUCAUUCACAUGCUUUCCUACUGCCAGAAGUACGUUUCACAAAAGAAAUCCAACCUCACCCACUGGCAUCCUGUCCUGGGCUGGUUUUCACAGACUGUGGAUUAUGGAUUGAAUGAGUCCAUGCCUCUGCUGACAAAGCAACUGCAGCAUCUCUGGGGAGUCCAUAUGAUCCGCAUCCUCUUCAGUGAUGUGCUCAGCAAGAAAUUGCUGGAGAAUCAGGAAAUAGCUCAGCUGCCAACACAGCCGGUUUCCCCUCAGAACAGCCUUCCUAUGAAGAAUCUUUUCAAGAGAGCUUUCCAGAAGUCUGCAUCUGUCCGCAACAUUCUCAAGCCUGUUGGGGGCAAGCGAGUGGACUCAGCAGAAGUGCAGAAGGUGUGCAGUAUCUGUGUCCUGUACCAAACCACACUCGCAACGCUAACGCAGAUCCGUCUGCAGAUACUCACAGGCCUCACCUACCUGGAUGAUCUGUUACCCAAAUUAUGGGCUUUUAUCUGUGAGCUGGGACCACAGGGUGGGUUAAAACUCUUCUUGGAGUGCUUGAAUAAUGAUACGGAGGAAUCAAAGAGGCUGCUGGCCAUGUUGAUGCUCUUCUGUGACUGCUCCCGCCACCUUAUCACGAUUCUUGAUGACAUAGAGGUCUAUGAAGAGCAGAUUUCAUUCAAACUGGAAGAGCUUGUUACCAUCUCGUCUUUUCUGAAUUCUUUUGUAUUUAAGAUGAUUUGGGAUGGAAUUGUAGAGAAUGCCAGAGGGGAGACCCUGGAGCUGUUUCAUUCUGUCCAUGGCUGGCUCAUGGUCUUGUAUGAAAGGGACUGCCGCAGGCGUUUUGCUCCUGAGGAUCACUGGUUACGCAAGGACCUCAAACCCAGCGUGCUCUUCCAGGAGCUGGACAAGGACAAGAAACGAGCCCAGCUGCUCCUGCAGUACAUCCCGCACGUCAUUCCCCACAAGAAUAGGGUGCUGCUUUUCCGAAAUAUGGUUGCAAAGGAGAAGGAGAAGCUUGGGCUGGUUGAAACCAGCUCCGCAUCACCUCAUGUCACACACAUCACUAUCCGCCGCUCACGUAUGCUGGAGGAUGGGUACGAACAGCUACGGCAGCUUUCCCAGAAUGCCAUGAAGGGAGUGAUCCGAGUGAAGUUUGUGAAUGAUCUGGGUGUCGAUGAGGCUGGUAUUGAUCAAGAUGGUGUCUUCAAAGAGUUUCUGGAAGAGAUAAUAAAGAAGGUGUUUGACCCCGCACUCAACUUGUUCAAGACAACGAGUGGUGAUGAGAGGCUGUAUCCAUCCCCAACGUCCUACAUUCAUGAGAACUACCUACAGCUCUUUGAGUUUGUGGGGAAGAUGCUUGGGAAGGCUGUAUAUGAGGGAAUAGUUGUGGAUGUACCAUUUGCUUCCUUCUUUUUGAGUCAGCUACUUGGGCACCACCACAGUGUCUUCUACAGCUCCGUAGAUGAACUUCCCUCCUUGGACUCUGAGUUUUAUAAAAAUCUCACUUCAAUUAAGCGUUAUGAUGGUGAUAUCAGUGACUUGGGCUUAACACUGUCCUACGAUGAAGAUGUGAUGGGUCAGCUUGUUUGCCAUGAACUUGUUCCUGGAGGGAAGACCAUUCCCGUUACCAAUGAAAAUAAGAUCAGCUACAUCCAUCUCAUGGCUCACUUCCGGAUGCACACACAAAUCAAGAGUCAGACAGCAGCACUCAUCAGUGGAUUCAGGUCGAUCAUUAAGCCUGAAUGGAUUCGUAUGUUUUCUGCACCAGAGUUGCAGCGGCUGAUCUCCGGUGACAAUGCUGAGAUUGACCUUGAGGACUUAAAAAAACACACGGUGUACUAUGGGGGCUUCCAUGGCAGCCACCGGGUCAUUAUCUGGCUCUGGGACAUCCUAGCCAAUGACUUCAGCCCGGAGGAGAGAGCCAUGUUUCUCAAGUUUGUUACCAGCUGCUCCAGGCCUCCACUUUUGGGCUUUGCCUACCUCAAGCCUCCUUUUUCCAUCCGCUGCGUGGAAGUCUCCGACGAUCAGGACACCGGUGACACACUGGGCAGCGUGCUACGGGGCUUCUUCACAAUCCGCAAGAAGGAGCCAGGCGGGCGUCUCCCAACUUCCUCCACGUGUUUCAACCUCCUCAAGCUUCCCAACUACAGCAAGAAGAGCAUCCUGCGGGAGAAGCUGCGCUACGCGAUCAGCAUGAACACUGGCUUCGAGCUGUCCUAGUUGCUAUGGCCCUGGACUCUGCAAUGGGGGCUCUCAGAGCUGCUGACUGCUGCUGGAGGUGGAGGCCUUCAUGCAUGGAGGGUGGAUCAGCUCCAUGGGAGCUGACUGCUCACUUGAGGGCUGGAGAGAUGCAGCUGAUAAUAGAGGUUUACAGGGAAGAGCUUCUGGGCUAGACAGGGCUGGCUUUUCUUGGGCACUUCUCCAGGAUGAAGGAGGUGAUGGGCCUGACCCAAUACACUUCACUUGACACCCACGUAAAUCGUCUUUAAAAGCAAACCCCGGGGGAGCAUAAAAGGAACAUUAAAAAUGCCAGUCAGAUUAGUGACUGUAAUACC